AUUGAUGCCAGUAGAAUUACAGGUACUCUUCACACAUAUUUUUUUUUUGUACGUUAUAUCGAAGUAUACGUUAUAUCGAACCAGAAUACAACUACACGGUAACAAAUGUUUGAAAGUGUCUUUGAAGUUCGCCCAACACGCAGUUUCGGAAAAUAUUGAAUUUAACGACUUAAGGGUAAAGUCUUCGGUAUACCAAUCCGUGCGGUCAACUAAUGAUAUUCCAAUGAACUCAGCAUAUAUGUAUAUACCUACAUAAAAAAGAUGGAUAAAUUAUUAGUGAAAUUCCGAAAAAGCCCACAGCUCAGGUGAGAUUUGAACUCACGACCCUUAUUCGCUAGACAAGUGCUUUUCCAACUAAGCUACCGAGCCAAUUAAUGACACGGCAUUUUAGUUGUCAUAAAGUAAUUUAAAUCUCAUCGAUCAUGUUUCAUUGAAUUUAAUACAUAAAUAUGUGACUUAUUGGCUGCAAAACAUGUAAACUCGUCAUUCAAUAACCCUUGAUCCAGGUUAUGGUAAUUUUCUACAAAUUGUUUUAAGAUUAUAUCGUUAUUUUGAACAAUUAAAAUGGCCUCACGUCAAUCAGUUUCACCAUGUAUAAAUAUUGAAUUUAGCCAUGUAUAAAAAUUGAAGUCAAUUGGUUAAAAAUUGACAGAGUUAUCCUUACCUUGCCCAAAUGGUUCCAGACCCUAGCUGAAACUAAUACCUUAGACGUAAAACUUUUUUCAAGCUCUCGGAUCAUUGUGCAAUGACAAGACCAAGAAGAAGUGAUAUUAAUAUCGCUGUGGUUGAAAACCAGAAUCUUCAAGUGGCGAAAAUCGAUUUAUUUCCCAAAUCAAGCGAAGGACCUACACACUUAAAUUCAGAAAUUGAUCUCGGUAAACGGUUUAUUGAGACUCCAACAGCUGAUAUCUCGGUAAAAUAUUUGCUGAUUCUCGGUAUUUUUUUUUACCGAGAUACCAUUGCCGAGUAAACCAUUACCGAGUCUCGGUGAACUUUGCCGAACUUUUACCGAGAUUUAGUGAAAAUUAUUACCGGAUUCUCGGCUGUUGGACUCUCGACAAUCCGUUGGCUGAGAUCGGCGAUUCAAUUUAAGUGUGUAACAUCGAGCAUAGUGCGGUUCAUAGCUUAUCAGAUGCGUGCUCGGGGAUUUUCUUUUCAAGACAUUGCGAAUCUUUUAUAGAUUUUGGCUUUUAACGGAUGAACCCAACAUGAUUGGUUCAGUUAAUACACAUUGCUUUGUCGGAAGUGGUCAUGUCCAGUACAAUUCGCAAAUUAGUUUCGCUGAUUGUGAUAUGGGCUUAUAUGCACGUUCAAAGUGCACCGUCGAGUACAGGCAAAGAAUACGAAAUUCCAAAUAUUAAAGCAAACUGGUAUAAAGCGAGUGAGAUCUGCAACUAUUUUGGGAUGCAAUUGGUGACGAUCACCAGCCGUGACGAGAAUGAUGCCGUGGCCCGGUUUGUUCAAAGGUCGGAUAAGUUCAGCGAUGUGGCGUGCUCGUUCUGGAUCGGUGGCAAUGAUCUAGCGGAGGAAGGGACAUUCAGCUGGAUGCCCAAUGGUCAAUUGGUCAGGUAUGCCAAUUGGACACCGGGAGAGCCGAACAACCACAAUGGGACCGAACACUGCAUGCAGAUAGUUUAUGAACCCCGGCGUGAGCAGAGAUGGACCUGGAAUGAUAACAAAUGUCGAACCAAAUACAUGUACUUCAUUUGUGAGAGUAAACCACGCAAUUGUGUAGAAGAACUCAGGGGAUGAUCGAUGAAAAAAAACGAAAAACUCAAAGUAUUUGAUAAGGAAGGUAAUCUGAAAAUAAAUAAGUGUACAAACUUGUAAA